AUGGCGUCCACCGCGGCAGAAUCUGAUCUGCCUUCGGUGGACGCGACAAAGUCGUCCGAGUUAAUGACUGUAGGCCAUUUAUCGGAUGACGUAGUUGAAUUGAAGACACAUAUCGCAGCUAGAGUGGCAUUAUUGUACAGAAGAGGUGGUUCUCUUGCCAAUUUGGCAAAGAAAGCGGAAUUAGCUGACGAUGGUAUAAUAAGCAAGAUAUUACAAUCACCGCUGCCACAAUGUGACCGCAGAGCACUUGAAAUGGCAUUCCUCAUCAUAAAAAUAGUCAAGGAACGUACCAUGGUAGCGGAUACUGACAAUUGUGGGAAGGAACACGUGAGCGAUGUCUGCAUAGAAACAUGUGCCGCUACCAAGCCAGAGGAGAUGCAAUAUGAAAAUCUCCAAGAAACUGUACUAGAUAUACUAACUUUAAGCUCUAUAUGGGGAAUUGAAUCUGCAGUAGGAUCGAAUCUAGCACGACUGUGUUAUGACAUACUAUUCAAGUUAAGCGGGGCUCGUAAAAACCAACACCUAAACCGCUAUGUAAACACGUUCCUCGAUGAAACUUAUAGAUUGGGAGGAGAAGAGACCUACUGGAGGUUACAAUUGCUCCACAAAGCGCUACGAAAUGGUACACUGGGAGAUAAGGAGCGUGCAAAGCUAAUGCGCGCUUGUCUAGAUAUUGCCAAAAGAAAAGAUAACACUAUAUACGUGAUCGAUGCUGUAACCAACGUUAUAUCCGAUAUUUGGAGUAACCACAAGUGUAACCUUGAUGAUAUGUCCCCAGAGUGUAGAAAUGGGCUCAUGGCCAAGCUACUGGUGAAGGGACAUGAGCUUGAGCAAGUAGUGACCAUGUUGGUAUCGGCAGCUGCUAAUGGCACUUAUAAUGAGAGGAAAGUUGCAAUUGCAGCAUUGACAAGUGCAGGUGCAACAAUACAGAACGAUGAAGUCACGGAAAAGGUUGGAAAGCUUCUAAUGGCGCCAACAAAUGGAGAUUCCGGUAUACUCACAAUAGGGGCCGCUAUCAUAAGGGAUCAUGCAAGUGCUGGAAAAUAUAUACAGCAGUUAUACGCUUAUAUUGCGAAGUCUAUCGAUAUGGAAGCGAAAUCACUGGAAGAAAUGGUUUGUCAAAUGAAAAUUGAUCUAUCGCAUCUUAUGUCGACCGAUACACCACCGACAAAAACACAGACACAUAUAAUAAGAGCCAAAGAAAACUACUUCCUAUUAAGAGAUAUUAUACAGGCGAUAACGGCAACUUUACAGAGGGUGACCACAUUCCCAUCGGAGUCUUUAUGGAACAGUGAACUCAUGGUCAUGGUAUACCUUGGUACGAUAUGUGAGGAGUUGGUACCAUAUGUCAUGGGUGUUAUAAAGGAAAUUACACGUUUUGAUACGAUACCGAAGCAACUGUUAAGGUUCGGGUUCGGAACACUUGAAAAUUGCAAAACGACAGGGAAGUUCUUCGAUCACCUUGGUGUGGUCACAUGCCAAUUAGCAGGCACGGCGAUUGAAGAUUGGAUAUCUAAGUUAAAGGGCUACCCAGAAGUUGAACUUGGGUCAUUGACUAAGUUAACUCUGGAAAUUGCCCAGGUAAUGCGGGCUAUGGUGGCAACGCUCGAUAGAAAGUUAGUGCAGUAUCUAUGCACGAUGCAUAUAGCAGAGACUCUAGCCUGGGUAGCAGCAUUGUCACGUAAAUUACCGUGGAGUGAAGAAUUGAAACUGGGUUGUGUAACAGUUGCAAAUACACAACGCCGUAUGGUACAGGUUAUCCAAAUGUCAACAAGGGUAAGUGACAGGGGCUCUGUAAAACUGGAAGACGUUUACUAUGCCAGCGGAGAUACGCUUUUAUAUCUUGCUGGCGGCUUCGAAAUGCUAUGCGGAACUUAUGUACCACCAGUUAAGAUGGUAUGUAUGAUGCUCAAUAUGACAUGGCAUCCAGCAAUUUCAAGUCUUGUUUUCAAAGGGUUGACAGUGCUACUCAGGAACAACAAUAUCGGAAUGAAGAUGAAAAUUGCAUUGAUCACAUAUUGUAUACGCGUUCGUAUAAAUACCGAAUGGAAUGUCCGGGUACUUGAGGAUUAUCACGAAUUCCUACACACAUUUUACGAAAAACAUAUACGCCACUAUGAAUUGCGCAGAAGUAAUAAAGAUAACAUUUUGGCGAUGUACACACCCAAAGAUGGAUGGAAGGCGAAGAAAAGGACGCGGUAUCGAGGUAGGGUGGACCUUGCAAUGAACCGUCAUGUUGCAACCUUCGUGAAAGAACACAUAAAGAAUGUUCUAAAAGAAAUCAAAAAUACAUAUAUGGUGACAUACCAACCGAUUAAACUUCUUAAUGAAGACAUGUCCGUACCGAUAGCAAUCCGAGAGAGACAUAUACAUGAUUGUCCGGAAAGUUUGGCUGCUGUGCCAUGGGUAGGAGUUUCAAGAUUAACUAGCCUGUUGGAAGAGGUACAACGUAGAGGACCGCGCGAUACUAAAACGUGGUCACAUCUACUCAAAAGGUUCGAGAUAAUCAUAGAAUCAUUCGGACAUAAACAUCUGGCACGGGCAUUAGUGUCCAUGUCUAAAAAUGGGCAUGUUCCAAAUGAUUUGGUUAGUAAAAUUAGAACUCAAGCCUUGGCACAGCUAAACCAAUGUGAUAUCCUGUCUUGCUGUGGCAUGUUAUAUGGUAUGGAAAGGUUGAAAAUAUGUGAUUCUGCGCUCUUAAAACUUUUCAGCGACCAGGUAAUGGCAACUAUAGGCACGGCCAAAGAGCCAUACCCGAUUGUUAUGUUGAUCAAUACCUUUGCGAACCAUGGUGAUCGAGUAACAACAUGUGCGCUAUUGGGUGAAUUGAACAAGAGAUUGGGAGAAAUGAGCCAUCAAGCAUUGGCUAUGGUGAUAAUAUCAGGCACUUCCAACUUUGGGCAGGCACCAGAAAUCAAGGCGCUGCUGAUGCCAUUGAUUCUAGAGGCAACGAAAAGAUUGACUCAUAUGGAUCUAAGAUCACUUACACAAUUAUAUUCCAGUAUAUCUAAAACUGAAUUCAGGAUAAGAGAACAUAUCAUGGAUGGAAUUGCCGACGUAUUGGUUCAAAAGGCCGAUGGGAUUACUCUACACCAGGCGGCACUGGUGCUUAGUGGCGCGGCGAAGAGACGGCAUCUACACUCAGAGAUGAUAGGUGCUAUAACAAGGGCUGUGGAACGGAAGACAUUCGAUGGAAAACCACAACAGAUGCUAUUCCUACUCUCGGCAUUGUUAAGGCUGAAUUUGCAUGAAACAGCUUUGGUUGCAAAGAUAACACAAGAGCUAGGUAAAAGUGACCUGAGAUCAAGUGAUUUGGCAAAUCUUGUUUAUCUCGCCGGGAAGUGGAAACUGCAACAUGUUACGCCGCAAUGGCUUUUUGACCAAUUCGAGCGGCUAUUGCAGCGCUUUCCCCAAGGUUUAUCGCUGCGAGAAGCCGCUAUCAUCGCAUACGGGUUCUCUAUUAUCGGCAACACCGCUCAAAUGGAACGGACGUUACGUAUAGCAGAGGACAUUGCAGAAAAGGCAGGGGAGCAGUGCGACCGUCGUGCCAUGGCAAUGAUCACUUAUGCGUCAAGUAGACUGAAAAUCUAG